AUGCGAUCAGAAAGCUCGGUAUUAAUAAUUACCAAUGGUUUAGCGGCAAAAUCGAUUCUUCUCGAUCGAACGCUGUAUAGCCGCCAGAAGCCAAAUGCUUGGAUGAUUAAAACAUUUUUGAUCAUCAAUCCAUUUACAGUUUCUAAUAAUGAAUAUCGCAAGGAAUUUGUUGCCAGCAUAUUCAAAAUGUUGUCAGAACUAUACAAGCCCGAUAACUACAAGUGCUUCGUGGAAAUCGUGCAACGAAAUAUCGAUGAAAGAAUGAUACUCAACGAGGCAGUGAAUCUAUCUCAAACAAUUCAAAUCAUCGUUUUAAACAUUUUCAUCAAAUCAUUUCUGAAUAUUGAUGCUUCCAAUGUGUUGCUGAAUGAGCUGCCAACAUUGAUCAAUCGUUUGUGGAUAAAAAAGAAUGAUCAAGUCUCCCGAACUCAAAUUUUGAAUUUGUUAACACAAGAAACGGGUAAUUUCAGUGGUUCAACAGCAUGGCAGAAAAUCAGACGGAUAAUGCAAGACCACAAAUCUUCAAUGAUGAUCGAGUUAGGUCUUUCCGAUCUCGAUGAAGAAAUCGGAAACGCAUUGAAUAUUGUGAUACCGGGGUAUGAAACAAUGUGGCGUGUCGUUUUCUACACGUUGUUAGAACUAAUACGUCGUCCUAUUCUGUUCAAUGAACUUCGUAAUUCAACAUCAGUCGAACUACUGAUUCCAUGUGUCAAAGAAACGCUCCGAUUGUACCCACCCACAAAAUCGAUCUAUCGUCAAAACAUCCAAAGCGGCCAAGAAAUUCGAAUUGCUAUUGACCAAAUUCAUCGUGAUAUUGGUGUCUGGGGAUUAGACGCUAAUACAUUUAGCUAG